AUGUCGUGCGAUGGCAGGGCUGAAUCAUCCUACGGCGGCCGAGACUGGCAGGACGUGGGAGGCACGCAGCGCGCCCUGGCCCCCAGCUCGGGGGGAGGCCCCCCUGAGGACGUGGGAAGGCGACAGGGGCAGCCUCGGGAGGAGCAGUCCCGAGUGGCUGCUGCUGCAGGACGCGCGGGCCCCUCCAGCUUCGCCCAGGCCCAGCGCCAGGCACCCACACGCUGCGGACAGACCCUGGGUGCUCCCGAGCCUCCCCGGACCAGCGUCCUGCGGCUGCUGUAA